UAUAUAUACAUAUGAGUUAUUUAUUGCUAAGUUUAUAUUGAUGCGGCGAUUUGUAUUUUCUAUUUGCUCAAGCAUCAAGUGUUCUCACAGAGUCGUUUUCAAUUGCUCGUUUUCUACAAGAACGGAUUUAUCUACAAACGCUAGUAGCUUACCAAAAUCAAAUGUGAAUAGUACUCCAGAGGCUGAAGUCUUGAGUGAAACUAUAGACGAUGAAGUGACUUCUCCUGGCGAAGAGAAUUCCCUUUCGGACAUAAAAAAGGGAGAUGUCAGUAUUCUUAACAAAGAGGCUAGUGCAGUUCUGGAGUUACACAAGCUCCAGUAUAUGUACUCUCAAGACGGUGUUUACAUUGGCUCAAUGCAUAAAGACAAAGAAUCCAAUGAGGUCGAUAAACGAAAGCGGCGGAGUGUUACUCGCAUUCCUCAGCCAGAUUUAGAGUACAGACCAAAUGAGACAUCGUUCCGAAGACUCCCUAAAAAUUCAAGAUUGCCUAACGAAUUUGAACUUCGGGCGAUGUAUCCAAUGACUACAAAUUUAUCAAUUAUUGAGGGAAAAGCCGAUUGUGUUGACCAUAGUGUCUUUGGUAUUGAUGAAGAUCCAGCGCCCAUAGCGUAUAGCAUGCUAGCACCUCAGGACUGGUCGGCAGAGAAACAGUAUCCUUACAUGGUUGUACUUCCUGAUCAUCGUGGAAUGCCUCGUGAUUUUGAAGACGUUUGUGCAAAUUUUUUCGAAAGGCCUGUCCAUCGUCAAUUAAUGUCUGAACAACAAUGGGUCGUACUAUCUCCUGUAAUAAACUUGCGGCAUAGCUUUCAGAUACCUGUGGAAGGAAUAGUUGCGCGUUUCUGUGAUUGGGCUACAGAAAAAUUUAACGUAGAACAUGGCAGAGUGCAUUUAUUUGGAAAGGGUUACGGUGGCUACGUUGCACUGAGAACGGUACUCGAUAACAAGGAUGUAGCUAUUAGCGUCACUGCAAUUUUGGGAAGAAAUAACUCACCAUUCCGUCCCUUUGAUCGUCCACAGGAGCGGAUAAAAAAUUUCAACGGUGUGCACAGUUUAGUUUUUGUCCCAGGAUUGUUGAGGAAGCAGGAUUACUACUAUAAAUUCAAAUUUAUGAUGGAUAUGGGAAGGGUUCGGCCUGCGCUAAGAAAUAUCCAUUUCGCUGAUGUCCGGGACCAUCAAAUUUACUAUGCAAUCAACCCAUAUGAGUUCUGGAAUUAUAUGCGAUAUUUUAGAGAGUACAACAUCAAAAUGAUUACUGAGAGCGGGUAUUCAUUUUGAAUUCUUUUCCAACUCUCCUUAUUCAUUUGCAUUGUAAACGAAAUAAA